UCUAUUCAAGGACUUGGGGAGGGGAAGGAACAGGCCAUAGGGACAAAAAUGUGGCUACAAAAUAUCUGUUUUUAGUUUUUAGAUUUUUUAAUGUGCUACUGGAGUCACACAUGAUGCGAUAUUUGACCCAGGCUAAGGCUAAAAAACGAACAUUUUAUUACGGUUAAGGCAUCCCGCGGUGAAGUCAUCGACAGUCGUAUAAUUCCCACAACCAGUCACGUGACCAGAGCGGAACUGGCGUUCGUUUGUAUUUGGGGUAGAGGUGGUGAUUACCUGGUGUUUUCUUUAUUGUACACAACAUUUCAAAUAGCUGUCCCGGAUUAGUUUAACUGACAUAGAUCUACAGUUCGAUGACAUACAAGUGUUCAAUUCUAUCAAACACAAGGGGAAAGUGUUCCGUUACAUAGGUCUGGUCAUAAAUGUUUUUCUGACUAUUUUCAAGUUAUUGUCUUGGCCCCCGCAUUGAAGUCUUGGCAUCACAAAACGAAAUGAAGGUCUGCUCAAGGUAUAAGUUAUUAGUAAGCGUCUUCCUAUUUGUAUGUGCAACAUUGGCCUGGUAUGUUUCAAGACUGAGUUUUGACGUACACAACCUUGGAGUUACGAGGACGUCAGCAGCUGUAGAAAGAGAAAGAGUAGAUUCUCGCCACAAACAUUUCACUAUCCCACAAGAUGUCGAAGUAAAUGAAGCAAGAACUCCACCCACAUACUUCCAACAUACGAUAUGGCGAAAUAAGCUAGUUUCACUUCAUCAGGACGUCAGGCUAGUUCCCUCAACUCCUCCGAAAGGUUUUGUCUUGCCAGACAAAGAUUGCGUCCCUUUGCCUCGUUCGCCAACAGCUGGAGUUGUAAUUUGUGUGCACCCAACAGAACUCGACAUGUAUGUUUCAGGCGCAUUGAAAAAUGGUGUAUUGUGGGAAGAACAUCUUGUCCUUAUGAUGAAACGAUAUCUAGAGACAGAUCCAGACCUGAUACUAGUAGAUCUGGGCAGUAACAUUGGACAGUACAGCCUCUUUGCUGCCGCCAUGGGUCAUCGUGUACUGGCCGUGGAGAUGAUGCCCAGAAAUGUCCAGCACCUCCAAACAGCCCUACAGAUCAGUGGACUCGGCAGUAAAGUGACCAUAGUCAACAACGCCCUCUACAGUGACCACAGAAGUUUAAAAGUCCAAUUUUUAGAGGGAAAUAUCGGAGGAACAAGGGUAAACGAUUCUCACACUUCGAAAAUCCAUUUAAACCAAUCCAGCGUCCAAACAAUUUGUUUGGAUGACCUGACGCCCAUUCUUGCAGGCUCCAAGGCCUACGUCAAAAUGGACAUUGAAAACACAGAACACCAAGCCUUGCAGUGCGCUACGAUCUUUUUCAGUGAGGUCGAUAUUCAAGUUGUCCAGAUGGAGUGGCUCGAUCGAGAAAUUCAGGCUUCUGAGCAGAUCCUGGACUUUAUGGACGCCUAUGGUUACAUCAUAUCCAAAGACCCCAAUCUACAUGAACCAGUACAUAAAACUAGCAUACCUAAAGACAUAUUCUUUAUUAAAAAGCCACCUACAUUUUAGAGAAUUAUUAAAUAUUAUUAACAUUGUUAUCAAUGUUAUUAUAUUAUUUAAACUGAACUAAAAACAGGAUGUAUCAUUAUGUAAGUUUAAUCUCUUGCUUUUUAGUUAGUUUAUCGAUUCCCAGUAUUUACAUGGUUGCAAGGUAGCAAGAGAAGAUUAGAAGGUGCAAGGUAGCCAGAGGAGUUUUGAAGUGCAAAAAGUAAGGGGCAGCAAUUAAAGGAUAGAUAGCAAAAUUAGGUUUAGAAGCGUAUAGUAGCAGUGAUAGGGUGGGUAGAAUAGGGAGGUUUGCAAGCGAAAGGUAGCAAUUUAUGUGUAGAUAGCAAAAUGAGGUUUGGAAGCUUAAGAUAACCAGAGGAGGUUUGAAGCACGGAAACAGAACAAGGUUUGUGCAAGGUAUCAAAAGGAGGUUUGGAUGUGACAAGUAAAAAAAGGAGGUUUAGAUGUGACAAGUAACAAAAAGGAGGUUUAGAUGUGACAAGUAAGAAAAAGAGGUUUGGAUGUGACAAGUAAGAAAGGAGGUUUGGAUGUGACAAGUAAGAAAAAGAGGUUUAGAUGUGACAAGUAAGAAAAGGAGGUUUGGAUGUGACAAGUAAGAAAAGGAGGUUUAGAUGUGACAAGUUAAUAAAAAGAGGUCUCAAUGUGCAAUGUAACAAGAGGAGGUUUGGGUGUAGCUAGAUUGGGAAGAAUUUAGAUGUAGCAACUGAAUUGUAGAAACUGCAAGGUAGCAAUUUAAGAGUAGUAAGUGCAAGGCAAGUUUGGAAAGUGCAAGGUAAGUUGGAAAAGUGCACGGUAAGGUUGGAAAGUGCAAUGUAAGGUUGGAAAGUGCCAUGACAGGUUGGAAAGUGCAAGGUAGCAGGAGAAUUGCGGUAAGUGCAAUGUUGAAAACGGAAGUUCUGGGUUAACAAGCGGCGCUGGAAUCGCAAGAGGAGGGUAUAAAGUGUUGGGUAGGGGAGUGAAGGGUGCUGAGUCUAUUUUGUAUACCCCCGACCACCCAUCCAUCUAAUUGAACCACGAGAUUUUUUUUUUAACUAUUAAAAAGGUUACUGCAUCAUAAAGAAAAGAAUUUAGUAAAAAAAAAAAAUUUAACAAAUCGUUUCUGUAAAAGUAGAUUUAAUUAAUUACGGGUGUGUUAAACUCAAACCCUCACUCGCUGAAAAAGCACUUAUUUAGCGGCCCACGAAAGAGGAAUUGACGCUAUUAGUUUUGAGUGGUCUGUUUGUCCGUCCGUCCAUCCGUCCCGCUUUGAUCUCGUAAACUAGAAAAGAUAUUGAAAAUCCGACAUGAUGAUAUUUUAGACCUACAUUUUUCUUUUCUGGAAACGAAAAAAUUAUUUUUUUAAAUCAACUAUGCAAGCAUUUUUUUUCGUAAAAAUACACCACUUUUACAAAUAUUCACUAUUAACACUAGUAACUAACACGGGAGGCUUUUUAGUAAGGGAGAUGACUAUUUACAAUAUUUUAAAUACAUUUAUGCAAACGGUUUUAGAUUUUAUUUUGCUAAGUUAAGUAAGUUCUUUCAUACUAACUACUACAUUUACAAUACAAAAGAAAUGUUUUCUUUUUUUUAAAGAGAAAAAAUCUAUUAAAUAUGCAUAUAAGUAGAAUAUAAUUUAAAACAUUAAUUAAUAAGUAGUUUUUCAUAUUAUCGCGUGAACUUCAAUAUCCCACAGAUCCAACGCAUAAAAACCAAAGGAUUUUUUUUAAAUGAAAUUUUGUUUUUCCUUUGAAUAGGUUUUGACUUUGAAUAAGAUAUUCGAAUAAGAAAUUGACUUUUUACAAAGCAAUUUAAUCAAUUAGAUACUCAUUAUGUGAUAUCAGCUAGGGCAGGUUCUCAUCGAGCUUCACCUUCACUUUCACCUAUGCAAUGGUCUGCUGGACCUUUGUGUCACGACACAGGAUCUGUCAACCUUCUUUCUUCUCUGUCAUUUUCUUUUGAUAGAAUUUCAUUCUGAUAUUCUUUCUGAAAAUGUUGAUACCUGACUUUUUACCUGCCUGGGUGGACCACUUCGGGGGACGAUUUUGAGUUUGUGUUUCCACACAAACUGUCUAAGUAAUCUUGUUUUUUAUACUUACAUAUAUUAUGGGAAUGAGUUUCCUAAGAAGUUUACAAAUAAUUAAAUGUCUUUAUUAAGCUAGUCAGACGGUGAAAGAGAGUCAUCUUUAUAGUAUGAACGAUUUGGAAAGUUUAUUUAUAUAUACAUCAAAGUGUAGAGAAAGCAGUCAAUAAAUGACUUUAUAUAAACAUCCAGUUGUAUAAGUACUCUUGGUGUAGACAUAACGUCUGGACGUAUGAUUUAGAUCUACUUGUGUUAGCACUCUUGGUGUA